AUGAAUGAUCUGGGCAUACUACAUCAUUUUCUUGGAAUUGAAAUUUACCAAGAGGAUGAUGGAGUCUUCAUUUGUCAAAAGAAAUAUGCUGAGAAAAUAUUGAAGAAGUUUGGAAUGUUUGGCUGCAAUCCAACUGAUACACCUUUAGUUGUGAAUGAAAAAUUGAAGAAAGAAGAUGGAGGAAAGAAGGUCGAUGCUAGUAACUAUAGAAGUUUGGUUGGUAAUCUAUUUUAUCUCACUAAUACAAGACCUGAUAUCAUGUUUGCUGCAAGUUUACUUUCUCGGUUCAUGAAUGAUCCAAGCCAUAUCCAUCUAGGAGCCGCAAAAAGGGUGUUGAGAUAUAUUCAAGGCACUUUGGACUAUGGAAUCAAAUAUGACAGCAAGGUUGAAAGUAAGUUAAUUGGCUUUUGCGAUAAUGACUGGGCAGGUUGUAUGGAUGACAUGAAAAGCACCUCUGGAUAUGUUUUCUCAUUAGGUUCAGGAGCAGUUUCGUGGUGCUCAAAGAAACAACAAACUGUUGCUCAAUCUUCUGCAGAAGCUGAAUAUAUUUCAGCUGGCUUAGCUACUCAACAAACAAUAUGGUUGAAGAGAAUACUUGAAGACUUUGGUGAGAAACAAGAAGCUGUGACUAUCCAUUGUGAUAAUAAAUCAGCCAUUGCUAUGGCUGAGAAUCCCAUCUUUGAUGGAAGAACAAAGCAUAUAGCCAUCAAACAUCAUUUCAUUCGAGAAGCAAUUGAAGAUGAUGUGCCAUCAAACAUCAUUUUGCAAGACAAAUGA